AGACAGGAAGUGAAGAGUUUCGUUCUUGUGUAAACAGCACGGCUUGGGAAAGUUAACUCGCGCUUAGAAUCAAGUAUGCACGGAAAGACGGAAAGUCGGAAAGUCAUAAUGUCCAGCUGAAGGAUGACAACUAACUGGCGUGACUGAGAAAAUUGGGAAAUUUCGGCGCGCGCGACUGAGUAGCUCGAGCGGAAAGACGGACAGCUCGCGUCUCGCGCUGCUACUGCGGCUGUGUAUGUGUGCGCGCGCGCGUGCGUGAGCGAGCGACAGUAGUAACUAACGCUCGCCAAGUUGAGUGAUUACACUCGGUGAGUCACAUAACGCGGUUCGGGCCACGCGUAAGUGUUAAAUGUUCCCGUUAAAACUGUGGACGUGACCCAUAUCCAGGAGUUUGAGUCUGGAUUAAGAGAAGUUUUGUUUGUUUUUAGGUUUAGGGGGUUAGCUUUCAAAUUUCCCUCCGUUUUGUCGAGUCAGGGGGAGCCUGAGCUAAUAGGGAGGCGGGCUAACACAGUCAGGCCGCAGGGGCAGCAACCUAACCCGGGGAAACUCUGGAGUUUUUGUGCGGUGUCUCUGUUUGUAACUUCCUGAAUCUUUCCGGAACAUUGGAUACUUUAUUUUUGUUUGGAUUAGGCUCAAAAUCAUGGAUCCUCCUAACUAUGGAAACUCAGCAUCAGCUCCCGCCGCCAGUGCGUCUUCAAAAAGCGGCAAAGACAAAAAACCGAAGAAGACCUACGAGGAAGGAGACUCGAAAAAGAAAUUUACCUUCAAAAGACUCAUUCCCGAUGAGCUGGAGCGGUUCACAAGCAUGCGAAUAAAGAAGGAGAAGGAGAAGCCGGGCACGACGAGUCAGAGACACUCCUCUGCUGUGUUGUACGAGGUCCCAUCCCAGGCUGCCAUGCUGCAGGACCACAGUGACGACUACAUCCUGGAGCUCUUCGAGCAGAUGCUGGUGGACAUGAAUCUGAAUGAGGAGAAGCAGGUGCCGCUGAGACAGAAGGACAUAGCCAUAAAGAGAGAGAUGGUCUCUCAGUACCUGCACACAUCUAAAGCUGGCCAGAGCCAAAAGGAGAGCUCCAGGUCUGCUGUGAUGUACAUCCAAGAGUUGAAAACUGAACCCAGAGACACCCAGCUGCUGAGCUGCCUCGAGUCUCUACGUAUCUCCCUUAAUAACAACCCCGUCAGCUGGGUGCAGACGUUUGGAGAGGAGGGUUUGAUUUUGCUGCUCAACUUCCUCAAGAAGCUCCAGGAUGAGAAAGAGGAGUACCCGAAUGCUGGUGUUGGAGUAAAGUGCCAACAUGAGAUCAUCCGCUGCCUCAAAGCCUUCAUGAACAACAAGUACGGUUUGAAAGCCAUGUUGGCGUCAGCCGACGGGAUUCCUCUCCUGGUCCGAGCCAUAAAUUACAGCGUCCCUCACAUGAUGGUGGACGCUGUCAAACUGCUGUCGGCCAUCUGCAUUCUCGAGCACCCUGAAAACCUUCAUGAGCGCGUGCUGGAGUCCAUCACUGCGCUGGCUGAGGAGAGGGACAUCGAGAGAUUCCAGCCCCUGCUGUCUGGCAUGCGCAAGUCCAAUAUCGCUCUCAAGGGAGGCUGUAUGCAGCUCAUCAAUGCUCUGAUCAGCAGAGGAGAGGAGCUCGACUUCAGAAUUCACAUACGCUCGGAGCUGAUGAGAUUGGGCCUGAGGGAGCUGCUCGCUGAGGUGAGGAACAUAGAAAACGAAGAGCUCCGUGUGCAGCUGCAGGUCUUUGAUGAGCAGGCCGAGGAGGACUCGGAGGACCUACGUUCCCGUCUUGAAGAUGUGCGCGUUGAGAUGGAUGACAUAUCCGAGGUGUUCCAGAUGCUGCUGAACACGGUGAAGGAUUCGAAAGCUGAAGGAUACUUCCUGUCCCUCAUGCAGCACCUGUUGCUGGUGCGCAAUGACUACUUGAUUAGGCCGCAGUACUACAAGCUGAUAGACGAGUGUGUAGCGCAGAUCGUGCUCCACAGAAAUGGCUGCGAUCCGGAUUUCAAAUGCAGAAACCUCCAACUGGACAUCGAAGCACUCAUUGAUAACAUGGUGGAUAAAAGAAAAGUAGAGAUCAGUGAGGCCAAGGCCGCAGAGCUGGAGAAAAAGCUGGAUGCCGAGUUGACUACACGCCACGAGCUGCAGGUGGAGUUUAAGAAGAUGGAGGGCGAUUACGAACACAAAGUCCGAGAGCUCAGUGACGAAAAAGAAGCUCUUGGAAAUGAGAAAGUGGACAAAGAGAACGAGAAUCAAGGGCUGCGUGGAGAAAUCGGCCAACUCAAAGAUCAGGUUCAAAAACUGUCUAAGGAUCUUGAGGAAGCCAAGACGAUAAUCAUCAAUGCACCCAAGACACCAGCUGGCCGUCCUGACCCAUCAGCGCCAGCCUCGUUGACCCACCCACCUCUACCUGGCCAAGCAGGCAUGCCACCACCACCUCCACCUCUGCCUGGCCAGGCAAGCAUGCCCCCUCCACCACCACCUCUGCCUGGCCAAGCAAGCAUGCCCCCUCCACCACCACCUCUACCUGGCCAAGCAAGCAUGCCCCCUCCACCACCUCCCCCUCCCUUGCCGGGCAUGCCAGGACCCCCACCACCUCCACCUCUACCUGGUCAGGCAGGUGCGAUGCCCCCUCCACCACCUCCGCUACCCGGUGCUCCUGGUAUGCCCCCUCCUCCGCCUCCACCUCCAGGACUGCCAGGAAUGCCACCCCCUCCUCCAAUGCCUGGGAUGCCUCCUCCACCUCCAGGAGGGUUUGGAACUUGGGCUGCUCCAGUACCACAACUACCAUUUGGCCUGCAGCCCAAGAAAGAGUACAAACCAGAGGUGCAGCUUAAGAGAGCCAACUGGAGUAAGAUUGCAGCUGAGGAUCUUUCAGAGAGCAGCUUCUGGGUGAAAUCGAAAGAGACCCGCUUUGAGAAUAACGAGCUUUUCUCCAGACUCACUCUGGCGUUCUCCUCCCAGACCAAGACCUCAAAAGGUAAGCUUUGUGUGUGUGUGUGUGUGUGUGUGUGUGUGUGUGUGUGUGUGUGUGUGUGUGUGUGUAAGCACUCGCUGCAGUAAGAGUAAUGUUUUUCCUGCGAUCCGUGGAUGGAUGCUGAGCAGGAUGGAUGGAGGUCUCCAGGGAUGGAUGGAUGCUGAAACGAGUGAAUGGUUGCAGAAAGAGAUGGAUGUAUGCAAGAAUGCUGAAAUGGAUGGAUGUAUGCACAAUUUGAUGGAUGGAUAUCGAGAUGCAGGGCUGCACUAUUAAUCACAUGUGAUAAAACUUAAAAGUUGGAAGUUUGCUCAAACUCUAUUACACACAACACAUUGUCCAUAUUGUGCAGCCCUGCAGAGAUGUAUGGAGAUAUGGGAUGGAUUCUGGGGUGGAGGGAUAGAUGCUGAGAGAGAGAUAUAGUGAGGAGGAUACAGUGCCCUCAACUAAUAUUGACACCCUCUGUAAAUAAGAGCAAAGAGGCUCUGAAUUUUUUUUUUUUGAUCUUUUGUUUGAAAAAUUCACAUAAAUACUCUGCUGACAU